UUUUUUUUUUUCAUUAUUAUUCUCUCAGACUUGAUCAUUGUUAGUCGAUCAUUGAUUUGGACCUUCUUCAUCCGCAUUUCUUUUUUCACUCUAUCCGGAGACACAAGUGCUCACUAAUAUUCUCAUUCACUUUCUCAACUCCUGUACUAAUCCCGUUUACAUUGCAUCCGAUCUUUUCCUUGUCUCACUUCCUCUCUUUGCGCCAUUUGUAAAUACAUCCAUCUAUCCAAUUUCUUUUCAUUCCUACAACAGACAUGACUUCAUACUUCUCAACUCAACAUUCCUCAGCACAGGCUGCUCAAAGGAGGAACUCCCUUCCCAGACUCAGCAUGGACAGCUCAGAGAGACCACAUUCUAUUGCACAUCAUGUCCUUCCUUCCCUUUCCUACGCUGCUGCUACCUCUUUCCCUCAAGAGAACCCUUACAAUCACAACCUGUUUCUGCAGCAGCAGGUCUUUGCCGACAAGUCUAAUCGUCUCCUCAACCUGAUUCAAAGCACCAAAGGCCUACUCGAGGAGAUUCGUGAGACCAACGUAACAAAGCCCUGGCAGACUUACUACCCUUGCUUCCAGAACUCCUCCAUUGCCGCUGUUGCCAACACGGCCUCUCCCAACCUUCUUCGUCGCUCGACCACCUUUCAUUCUGAUGAGGAUAUCGACCGUCCCUCAUCCCUUCCUCUCCAGCAGCGUGUUCAGCGCUCAUUCACCACUAGUUCUGGCUCGCCCCGCGAUUCGCAUACUCCUUUGGAGUCUUUGGCUGGUCGUCUCUCGGAUUUAAACGUUCUCAAGCUGGACUUGAAGGUUGGUAACUAUGCGACUGGCAAUGACACUCUGCUACGUGGCCUGGAACGCAACGCCAUUGCCCAUCUUUUGGAUGCACGUAUUCAACAGAGUGUUAAGCACCUUGACAACCUUUAUCAGCGUGUCUCUGAUAAGAGUUCAAAGGUUUUGAUCACUGGAGAUCUUAAUGCUGGUAAAUCGACCUUGGUCAAUGCUUUGAUGCAGCGUACCAUCCUUCCUGUCGAUCAACAGCCUUGCACCUCGCUCUUCUGCGAGGUUCUUGAUGCUCAGGAAAACGAAGGCCAGGAAGCUGUUCAUGCCAUCAAGGAUCCUUUGACCUACAACCGCGAGGAUCCCAAUACGUUCACUGUUGUUGAUAUCCGUCACUUGGAGAAGUUUAUGAACGAUGUGAUUGAUGGCUACGAGGACUAUGCACAGCUCAAGGUUUACUGCACGGAUCGCCGCCUCGUUAAUGACUCACUCCUCCACAAUGGAGUUGUCGACAUUGCCUUGAUUGAUUCGCCUGGUCUAAACCGCGAUUCUGUCAAGACCACCGCUCUUUUUGCGCGUCAACAGGAGAUCGAUGUCGUUGUUUUUGUUGUCUCUGCUGAGAAUCACUUUACGCUCUCUGGUAAAGAGUUCCUCUGGAAUGCUGCCAACGAGAAGACCCACAUCUUUAUUGUUGUCAAUCGAUUCGACUCUAUUCGUGACAAGGAGCGCUGCAAGCGUGUGAUUCUAGACCAGAUUAAACAGCUUUCCGCCAAAACUUAUGAGGAUGCUGAUGAACUUGUUCACUUUGUUUCUGCAGGAUCAUGCUUGCCAGAGAUCAUUCAGGGUGGAGAGCUUCCUGCUGAUUUCCUGCGACUUGAGGAGUGCUUGCGAUCCUUUGUGCUCGAGAAGCGCUGCAAGUCCAAGCUUGCUCCCGCCAAGGUCUAUCUUGAGAAUAUUUUGAGUGACGUUAGUGUUCUUUCCGAAUCCAACCGUCAGAUGGCUGCUGAGGAGUUGGCCAAGGUGCGUUUGGAAUUGGAGCGUGGUGAGCCUGAGUACCAGGAGACGUUGAUCAGGCGUGAGAUGGUUUUGGAGAAGGUUGACCGUCUUGCGGAAGAGACUUGCACAUUGAUUGACUCGAUGACGCGUGAGAAACUCAGCAACUCUGUGGACGACAUUGAGAAUGCUGUUUCGACUCUUGUUCCCUGGAAUGGUUUAUUGCACGUCUGGCAAUAUUCGAAUGACCUGCGCUACGUUAUGGCGGACCUAUUUGUUGACCGUGUCAAGAGUUGUGAGUCUGAGGCCAAGGAGAAGACUAAGGCAUGUGUCAAUGACAUUCAUAAUUUGGCCAAUGACGCUUCAUCAGGUUCUCAGUCGGAUGCAUUGACCCUCUUCACCAAGCCAGACCCUGCUCGAAUCUCAACAGGCAAACUUAAGGAUGAGCUUGCAUUAGAAUUUUCGGAUGUUUUUGAGGUCCAGGACAAGUUGGGUGUCGCUAGUGUUUCGCUCGGAGCUGUCACAAUGUUCUCCAGCAAGGCAUUAGGUUACAAAUCUUUGAUCCACAGCUUGUUUGACAUUACCAACACAGUUGGUAUGUCCACCGUCCGCAAGUGGGCUGUCCCCGUCGUCACUGCUGCUGGAUUGGGUCUCCUUCUCUACAUUGCUGCUGAUAUGAAGCAUGCGCUUGCACGCAAGACUGCACGUAAGCUUCGUGCACACAUUCGCGAGGGUACAAUCGUUCAUGAUGAGGCUAUGCGCAUCACCAAGGACUGCCGCCGUAUCUUCAAGAGCAAUGCUUGGGAGAUCCAGAACCGAUUCCAGAAGGAGAUUGAGGCUCAUGAGCGACGUCGUGCCGAGCAAGAGAAGGCUGCUAAGGAUGGUGAACAAGCCGUGAUCUACUUUGGCAAGGUCUUUGACAAGGCUGAUGAGUUGGCCCGCUGGGUUGCAGCUGUUGAGGUUGAGGUGGAGGAUCGCAAGGUCAAGGCAUAAAAAAAAAAGAAGUGCU